AUGGAGAAGAGAGACCCGGGCCAGGACUCGGAUGACUUGAUCAUGCAGCAGUACCCUUCGCCCACAGCCGACGGCCAGGACCUUGCGCAGUAUUAUGCUGCCAGUGCCCAGCGCGAUCCCCAACUCGACCCCCAGAUCGACCAGGCGAUGGACGGCCAACACCCCGAUGCGGCCGCGCAACAGCAGGAGCGGCGGCCCUCUGUUAGUGCCGAGGAGCUGCAGCUCGCUGCGCAGCUGAGCCAGGGGCUUGCGCCCAUGAUGGAGGUCAACCACGAGGAGCACGACGUACAGAACCACGAUCCUGGCUUGCAGGACCAAGACCACAGCCUGCAAGGCCCGGAGCAAGCUCUUCACGCCCAGGGCCCUAGCUUGCAGGUACAAGAUCCCAACUUGCACACCCAGGAGCCGGCUUUGCAUGAGAGUGACCCCAGCUUCCAUCAUCCCCAAGAGGCAGACAUGCACACCCAGGAUCAUGCCCUCCACUCUCAGGACCCAAAUUUCCAAAGUCAGGAUCCAAAUAUGCAGCCUCACGACCCUAACCUACAGGGUCACGACCCCAAUCUGCAAGGCCACGAUCCGAACUUGCAAGGCCACGACCCGAAUAUGCAGGGCCAUGACCCCAACCUCCAAGGCCAUGACCCAAACUUGCAGCCGCAUGACCCCAGCCUGCACCACGGCCUCCCUCACCCAGACCAGCAGCAGCCGCAUCAGUAUGGCGAGUCCCCUCAGCAGCCACAGCACCUGCCCACCCCUUUACAGAUGGCCCAGUUCGCCCAGCAGGCUGGCGGUUAUGUGCCGGUCGAUAGCACCCCUCCAAGGAAGAGGUCCAAGGUGUCACGCGCCUGUGACGAGUGCCGGCGGAAGAAGGUCAAGUGCGAUGCAAUCUCGGAGACGGGCGAGGAGUCGUGCUCCAACUGCCGGCGCUCGCAGAUCCAAUGUCUGUUCAGCCGUGUGCCUCAGAAGCGGGGGCCUAGUAAAGGAUACAUCAAGGAGCUGGCCGACAGGAUCAACUCCAUCGAGGGAAAGCUGGGAAGUCAGGUCUUGGAGGGAUUGGACCUCAAUGGUGCCAGGAGAGAGUCUGGGUCUUACUCUCCCUCCGCGCCGCUGAAUGAAAAUGCCAAGAGGCCCUUCUCCAGUAUCUCGGGCGAUGGCUACGCGACACCGACCCCGAAUCGACAGACAACCUGGGGUUCUGAGCCCAGGCCCAACCAGACCUUCCAGACGCCUCAGGGCCCGCGCGAGGCUCAGUCUCCAAUCUCGCUCGUGCCUCGUCCGUUGACGGUGAAGCCGAUUACGUCCGAGACACCUGCGCCGGCGACUGAGGAGAAUGGAGUUGAUGUCCCCUCAGAUCAUAUCCGAGGUCUCGAUGAUCCGGUCUUUCAUAGCUUCAUGUCGAUCAUCUACCCGUCUCUCCCGUUCCUGGCAAGCACGAAGCAGAAGAUCGAGGAUACUGCUGCCAAGUGCCAGCCGGCUCUCCGAGCAGCCUUCAUCGAGGCGCUGUACGCAACCAUGGAGUCAUUCCAGGCCAUUGCACCGCAGAGUGGUGAUCCUCGCUUGGCAAACCGCCUGCUCUUCAGCUUUGAGAUCGCUCCCGGCAGCCGCUCCGAUGUGGAGAACCUGGUCCACCUCCAGACACUCCUCCUCCUUGCCAUCGAAGCCGACAACCACGGCCCGCAGGCCAUCAAAGGCCGCCACGGCGGACCUCCCAAGUCCGCCCUGCUUGCGAGGGCCGUCGACGUGGCGUACGGCAUGGGCCUGCGCGAGAAGCAGGUCGAGGGCUCCUUCGAUUUCCAGGCCGACGCCGACUCGGACGACAAGGUUGCGAUGCGGGCGUGGUGGGCGCUGGUGGCGCUGGACCGCUUCAACGCCGUCGGCACCGGCAAGCCGAUGCUGAUCCACGAGAGGACGACGGUCCUGCCUCCGGCGUCUAUCCUGAAGCCCCUGUUCGGGGAGGCCGGGGCUUGCUUCAUCAAAAUCAUUUUUCUGCUCGGGUCCUACGAACAGGGAGUCCUGUCGCCCGUGCAGCCACGCCGUCGCGCCUGGGACGCGCCGCCCAUCCACAGUAACAAGCUGGGUGUGGCCCUCGAGCUCUGGCAGUACGACGUGCCCGCCGACAUCACGCCGGCCUCGCACCCCGUAGUGUUCCUGACCUACUGGCACUGCCGGCUGCUGGCCUACCUGCUGCUGCCCAGCGUCCACUCGACCGAGGUGCUCUGGGCGGCCAAGGAGACGCUCAAGGUGCUGUCGCUGAGCACGCAGCUCGUCAGCCCGCUGAACCACUACUUCACGUCGCUCGCGACGCUGUCGCUGGCCAAGCUGACGAAAGUGGACAAGACGCGCGAGCAGGCGUCCAAGCUGCUGCUCGAGAAUUUCCUGGAGGGGUCGAUCGCGCCGUCGACGUGGGACAACGCGAUCCGGGACAAGGUCGCCGACAUGAUGCGGUCCGAGACGGCGGUGUCGGGCGGCUCGGCCACUGCGGCUGCCGCGGAGGCGGCGGCGGCGGCGAACCAGAACCUGCAGCACCUUGCUGACCUCGCCGCGGCGGCCGGGGCGGACAGUGGCAGUGCUGCGAGUGCCGGCAAGGGCGGCGACGGUGCUGGUGUGGACGGGGCGGACGGCGGCGCUGGCGCGACUGCCGCCGACAAGGAGUGGCCGCCCUCGAGCGUCGACUUUGAGGACCUCGGGUUCAACCCGCGGCCCAUGCUGCAUGCUGGUUAUUUGAGCGCUAUGAUACCCCCUGCUGCUACUACUGCUGCUGAUGCUGCUGCUGCUGUUUAG